UGUCAAAGCGUUGUGAUACUUGUGAUUUCAUUUCCAGUGAUUUUCUAAUGAAAUGGAAUUCUAAUUUUGAUAUUAUUCCUAUUUUAUUGUUAGAUUUGUGCCAAAUUAACCUGCCGUACUGAAGGUCUCAACAUGGCAUGUAUUGAAAAUAUACCACCAGCUAAAGCUGAUUCGGAGAUGGAAGAAGGAGAGAUAGUUGAUGACCUUGAUGACCUCUCGGAUAUUUCAUCAGAAGAAGAGUUUUUGCUGCGCCAGAGGCUCCAAGUUCUAGAAAACUAUAACAAUGUCCUUGAACGAAAGAAAGCCAAGAAUUCUCCUGUCGCACCAGGGAAAAAAGGUAAAAUUGAAAAGAAUAAUCUAUUACCUAAUGACUUAUCCGAAAUAUCUGGUUCUGAUAAUGAAGAAAUAUUCCCGAAAAUUACUAUUAAAAGAAAUGAUAGUGGAAGAUACAUCAAACAGAAAAAGAAAAGACCAGUUCUUAUACAUUUUGGAAAGAAUAAAGAUACCAAGAAGAAAAGUCGGAGCAGAAAAAAACCUAUUCCAAAAACAGUGAUAGAGUCUAGUGAAGAGUCUGAUGAUGAGUAUAGGAAUAAACGGCGUAAAUUGGCUAAUGCGGUAGUCGUGCAUAAACCAAAAAUGGAUGCUUCUUCGCUAAGUGCUAGGCUAAAAAGAAUGUUUGGCACACAAAAUCAUGAAGCCAAAAAAACAAUAAUAGAUAAAAAACCAGUAGUUCCUACAGUUCCUAAUUUAGCCGUCAAGAGCUCUUUGAAUUGUAAAAAUGUUGUAAUAAAUAAUGAAUCAAAUACUGAAAAAUCACCAGAAGAACAAGCCAAAAACAGUUUACCUAAACUAUGUGAACUAAUAGACUUAUGUACUGAGGACAAUGAUGAUUCCGUAAUUGAAAUCAGUGAUGUCAAGAGUCAGGAUACUGUUGAUUCUAGUACUGUAGAUAAAUCGAAUGAUCCAGUUAUCAAAAAGCUUCCUAACGGAGAUUCUGAUGAAGAUCUAGAAUUACUAAGACAACAUGCUCUGAAAACCAAAGGUCCCAAAAGUAAAGGAGACGUAAAACAACCAACAGAUAAUAAACCUUUCAAUCUAUCUGAUGAUGAAGACAGUGACACAGCUGAAUUAAGGUUGAUAUGUCUAAAAUCAGCUUUAUUAAAAAAAGCUAUUGAAAUGAAACAAAAGCAAAAACAAAGAAAAAGAUUGUCGCAAUCCUUUCAUGAAGAUUUUGACUUAGAUCCCGAGAUAGUAUCUAAUAAAGCAGAUGCAGAUAACAAUACUGACAUUGAAUCAGUUGAUAUGGAAAUAGGCUCUGAAGAUGAAAAAGUCAAAGAUAUUAGUGAUAACUGCAAUAUCAUCAAUGAGACAAAGCAAAUAACAGAAGCAUACUGUAUUAUUCCUAAAACUCCACAAAAAGAUGAAAUAGAUGAUGAUGAGGAUUUGUUGAGGGCUAAACUAUUAACGUCUUUGAGUAAAAAUUGGCCUAACUUAGUAGACCCUAAUGUCAUAGAAUCUGUAAACGAAGUUCAUAGUCCAGAAACGCCCGUUUCAACAGUUCCGAGUAAAGUUACUAGUAUACCGGAAGCAAAGCCAUUUAUAAUUAAAUUAGGAGAGUCAGACUCUGAAGGAGAACAUGAAGCUACGAAGAACUUAACAAAAAUGCACAUGAAACUGUCUGAGCAGGUUGACUUUCAGCAAAAAUUGGAUCUAUUUUUGAAGUCUACUAGGAUGGAGGUGGAGAAACAAACAUUACCAGAUGUUGUGCAAAAGGCACCCGAACAACCAAAACCGGCUCCUAAGUUUGUGGCAAAGACUGUCAGGCAUUUACCUAAAUCUGAACAAAUUGAAUAUAAAAAUUUGGUCAGGAGAAUGGCGGAGUUGGAAAAAAUAAAACAGGCAAGGCAAACGUCUAUGAAUUUGAGUAAAGCGAAUGCUUUAGCAAAGGAUACGUUGAAACCGAGAAACGUGUCCAUAGAAACUCGAAAGGUCGUCGUGAACCAUAAUUUGGAGCAACAAAUAGCAGUUUCAAGGAAAAAAAUAGCAGAGGAAUCAGCUAAGAUGCUUAAACUCAAGGAUGAAGCCACAAAACUCUCCCAGAAAUAUAAAAUAGCUGCGACUGAGUUGCGAAAUAUCUCAACAGCUAUUACUUUAAAUAAAAAAGAACAGAAAUCCAUUCAAAAUAGAUUAGCUAAAAUAAGACUGCAACAUCAAACCCUUCUAAAAAGCUCAACUUCCAAUAAUCAUUCCAAAACAAUUAGUACACCAGCACCAUUAAUAUCACAAGUAAAUAAAAGGAAAAUAUUACCUGGAACUAAAUUACAAAAAGAAAAUAAUCCUUCAACGGACGACUACAAGAAUCCUGAAGCCUUAAAAUCAGUCAAAGUUAGUGUUGUAAAUGACUUGAGUGAUGAUGUAGCAGUUAAUAAGAGGCUAUCGAUUCAAGUUGACGUUUCUGGUAACAAUAAAAAAGUUGUUAAAAUAACUAAUAGUCCAACAAAGGAAAAAGUGGUGGAUGUAGCAAAACAUAGAAAUAAUAAAAAUGAAAAUUUGGCCGAAGAGAAGAAUCCGACGGUUGAAAAAGGCGGGGGGAAUGGGAAGAAUUGUACUGAUGCAGAUAAUGAUCAACACAAUGCAGAGAAAACUAACAAAGUCAUUGACGACUACAAGUCGCCGCUUGAUGCUUUAAAUGCUGGAUCCUGGGCGGAGGACCCGAACAGUUUCCUUUGUCCGUUCGAAGUUGGAGGCACUUGCAAGGAUCCCGACUGCAAAUACCUACAUCCUAAAAUCCCUUCAAAACAAUGACACAAACAUCCUCGCUCCGAUGCGAAACCACACUGCCAUAAACACAGCCACACGCGCCAUACUCACACACGUUACACUUGUGCCCUACCUCCCCCCGACAGCUAAAGACGUCAGCGAUGUUAUGUAAAGUAUUAAACACAACAUUCUUACGUUUAACAUUUAGCUUUACGAUACCUAAAUACGUUUGUAAUUUUAUCUUAGUCAUCUGUCUUGCCAUUUUGUUUUAUUUUAAUUUUAUUUUAAUUCUUUCGAUAUCAGUAGAUUAUAGUAAGUAUUAAAUGUGAUAUUAGUUAUUCAUGUGUUCUCACGUUCACUUUGUAAAUAAUGCAUAAUUACCAAGAUUUUAAUGCUGAUUAGUUUUUGUUACGUUAGGCAAAUCAAAACUGAUUGCAAAGCGUCGUCGCAAGGUUUUAAUUUGGUGUAAAUAUGCAAUUUUAGUUGGCGCUGGAUGCAGCGGCGGGCGUCGCGUCGUCUGCGGUAAGUUAGUGUAUAAUUUUUUAGUGACUUUGUAGUGUUCUACGCACCCGUCGCUCCCGCGAGACUCGAGACUGUUCCAUUGUUAUAACUUUGAUAUAAAGUGAAAUAUGUUGAAUAUGAAUAUUUUAACGUUGUGUACACCUUGUAAAAAAUAUGAAAUAAAUUAUUAAGUUAUUGUAAA